AAACAAACAUACAUACAUAUACAAAAGAAAACAUAUACUUGACAUAAUGGAAGACAGCAUGAUGCUAGGUGUUGAAGGGAUCAAGAAAACGAUAUUGUAUGGAGGGACCAAAGAGAUGCCCAAAUUUGUCACAGGAACUAAGGUGACCUUCCAUUUCCGCACCCAGCUCUGCAACGAUGAGCACACCGUCAUAGAUGACAGUAAGAAGGCUGGUACACCCAUGGAAAUGGUGAUCGGGAACAUGUUUAAACUUGAUGUCUGGGAGACUCUGCUCACGUCCAUGCGCAUAGGGGAGGUGGCCGAGUUCUGGUGUGAUGUCAUCCACACUGGGUUGUACCCUAUAGUGGCAAAGAGUCUGCGGCGUAUUGCGGAGGGGAAGGAUCCAGUGGACUGGCAUAUUCAUACCUGCGGCAUGGCCAAUAUGUUUGCCUACCACAGCCUGGGCUAUGACGAUUUGGACGAGCUUCAGAAAGAACCACAGCCUCUUUACUUUGUGCUUGAACUUCUAAAGGUACAGCAGCCCAGUGAGUAUGACAGAGAGUCAUGGGCUCUGAAUGAUGAGGAGAGACUGAAGGCAGUACCUGUGCUUCAUGGUCAAGGGAACAAGCUCUUUAAACAGGGUCGUUUCGAGGAUGCCACACUGAAGUAUAAGGAGGCCAUUGUGUGUAUCAAGAAUGUGCAGACAAAGAAAAAGGCAUGGGACGUUCCCUGGUUAAAACUGGAGAAGAUGGCCAACACUCUCACUUUAAACUACUGCCAGUGUCUGCUGCACAUGGAGGAGUACUAUGAGGUCAUUGAACACACAUCUGACAUCAUCAACCAGCAUCCUGGGACGAUGAAAGCCUUCUACCUGCGUGGCAAAGCACAUAUGGAAGUGUGGAAUGAAGCAGAGGCAAGAGCUGAUUUCACAAGAGUGCAGGAUCUGGACCCAGGCAUGAAAAAGACAAUCAAAAAGGAGCUAGCAGUUCUCAAAAUGCGUAUGGAGUUAAAAAAUGAGGAGGACAGACUGACGUACAAGGGCAUGUUCACAAAAAUAGCAGGAGAGCAAAAGACUCCAGAGCUAAAAGCUCCAGAACAAGAGACUUCUGCAGAAACAACUCUGGCUGAAGAACAAACAAAUCUAGAACUAGCAAACUCAGAGGAAACAACUCCAGAUCAAAUGACUUCAGUAAAAUCAGCUCAAGAAAAAACUACUGUGCUUAUAGGCUUUGAUCAUGUGAUCCCAGAUCAAUCAACUACAGAGGAAGCGAUUCCAAAAGAAACCAUUUUAGAGAAAGCGACUCUAGAACAAUCAUCUCCAGAGAUUGAGACUCCAGAACAGAUUACUAGAGAACAAGCAACUCAAGAACUAACAAACACAGUUCAGACAAUUCUGGAGCAAUCACCUCCAGAGCACAUAACUCCAGAACAAGCAGCCCUGGUAUCACUUUCUCUGGAAGAAAUUACUCCAAAUCACACAGCACCAGUCAAUGAAUCUCAGGAAUCCCAAAUUUUUCUAGAGAGUUCCAACAAUGAGGCUCAACAAUGAAGGAAACAGACAAAAUUAAGCACUUCUGACCUUUUUAAUUAAAUUCAAAUAUUUGUCUAAUGCUUUUCUUGUUAUCACUUUACCAUAGAGAUUUUAUACUAGUCAAAUCAUCCAAUUAAAAUAGUACUCCCUCACUUGCCAUUUUCUGGUGGCUGAUUCAUCAGUAGUAAUUAGUGUCUCAAAACUUCAUGGUAUUACUUCAUAAACCUAAUGAUAACUGCCCCAAUCUUAUUACUGUACAUAUCCCUGUGUACUGUAGAUAACGUCAAUGUAAUUAAAGUAAUAAUUAAAAUUAAUUACUUAAUUACAUGAGCAAUUAAAAUAUUUUAAUUAAAAGUACAUGCAUUUAAUUAUAUAUGGCUUUCUGUUACCUAUAUUUUUCAUGUUUCCUCAAAAAUUCUUAUGUUCUAAUGUAGUCCUUAUGUAGCAACUUAUGUUUUUAAUGCACACAGCAAUGUCUAAAAAUUAUCUUCAAGCAAUGUUUAUCACAGACCUUAAUUGAAAACUGCUUUUCUGGAAAAAAUAAA